GUUUUAACUCAAUAAUUCUUGAGUAUAGAUUUUUUUAAAAAGAAGAAGAAUUAGUUUCACUGGCAUAUUCAUUUCCCACUUAUAACAAGACAUUUUUCAUGUUUUAAGCGAAAAAUCUGUCAGCGGAGCCACUACGUUUUUAUAUAUUCAAGAAAGACAAAAAAAAACAAAACAUUUCUCUUGCUGAAAAGCUACAUUGACGUUAUUAUUAUUUUUUCUCAUAUGCCAAGUGUAUUUGAUUUAGAGACUAGACUAAAAUAGUGGAGGAGCUACAUUGUUUAUGUUUUGACAUUUUGUAAAUGUAAGAACGAAUCAAAUAACUUACAUUUAAAUUCAAAUGAAACAUUUUUAUUGUAUCAUUUUUGAAUUUGUAAACGCGUUGUUGCGACAGACAGGCGACCUGUCCAGGGUGACCCCCGCCUCUCGCCCUAACCGUUCGCUGGAGACGGACACCAGCAGGCCUCGAAGGGGGCACAGAAAAUGGAUGGAUGGAUAAAACGCCUUGUAUUCAUUUUUGGUUGCUAAGGCUCCCUGGAGGGCGUUCCUGGCCAGUCAAACCCCGCCCCACACUUCCAGCUCUCCGGGGCUGCCGCUUCGGGUCAACCGCUGGGCUUUUCUGCCGGUUUCCUCCCGAACCGGACCUCCUCCUCGGCCCAACAUGUAGGAGUCGUCUGGACGUGCAGGGAAGCGUGAACGGUCCUCUUCCCCACCGGCUGGUUGAAGGGACGCGAGAGUUCGGGAGAGCAGCAGGUGUCCGUCCUGUUCGGCAGCUGCAGGGUUAAGGUAACAAUCAGAAGUCAUGUCGGCUGACAUUCUGCAGGGGUUCAGCACCUUGACGCCCAGCGUCAAGCAACUCAGCCGACUCCUUCGCCUCUCUGACCUCCUCCCGUCCUCCCUGCCAUCACCUUGCCCCACCGUUGCUGCCUCCCAGGUCCCUGCUCUGUUCCGAGAGCCCUACAUCCUGUCGGGCUACCGCCCCAUCCAGCAAGACUGGCGCUGCUACCUCCUGAGCCUCUUCCAGCGUCACAAUGAAACCCUGAAUGUGUGGACUCACUUGCUCGCAGCUCCAGCACUGCUGCUUCUCUGGUGGGCCAACGUGGGCGCCCUGGGGUACACCUUGGAUGCAGCCUCCCUGCCUCUCGCCCUCUUCAUGGUGUCUUCUCUCACAUAUCUGUGCCUCAGUGUGGCAGCUCACCUCCUGCAGUCUCAUUCCGAGCGUGCUCACUACUACUUCUUCUUUUUGGACUACGUGGGUGUGGCGGUGUACCAGUACGGCUGCUCACUCGGCCAUUACUUCUACUCCUCUGAGCCAGCGUGGAGAGACAGCAUUGGGUUGAUGUUUCUGCCCGGUGCUGCCUUCUUUGGGUGGCUCUCCUGCGCCGGCUGCUGUUUUGCGAAGGCCAGGUACAGGCGGCCAUAUCCGCUGCAGCGUAAAAUCUGCCAGCUGAUCCCCACCAGCCUCGCCUACGCGCUAGAUAUUAGCCCCAUAGCCCACCGUCUGCUCACCGUCCCCUGGUCACAGGAGACCUCCCUCCCCUUUCACGCCCUGCAGAUUGGCUCAUUCAUUUUGGCUGCCUUCUUCUUCUCCUGUCCAAUUCCGGAGCGUUUCUUCCCCGGCCGCUGUGACUUUGUGGGCCAGGGUCAUCAGGUGUUCCACCUGUUCCUGUCCCUGUGCACCGUGUUCCAGCUGGAGGCUUUGUUUCUGGACUACGCCAGGCGACGGGACGCAGUGCUGGAUGUGUUUGGAGAACGGCAGCUGUGGUGGGCUUGUGUGUCCUUCCCCUGUCUCUUCAUGUGUUGCGUCCUCACAGCUCUUAUAGCCAUGAGGCACAUGAGCAAAAUACUUCAACAUGUAGAGAAGAAAAAGUGACCUUUUUUUUUUGCGUGUGCAGUAAGAGGGCUGGGCUCAGUGAUUUGUAAUAGUAUUCAAUCAGAUGCGACUUUUAAUUUAUGUAUUUAACAGCCUGUGUCUCUGAAGAGUGUGAUUACUUUUAAUAUCUAAACAAUAAAGCCAGCUUUAACGGAAUCUGUGCUGGUCCAUUUAUCGGGUCAUCUGAAAAUUCCUGAAGGGUUUAAUUACUAAAAGAAUUGCUUGGCUCAGUGUACCUCAUAAUUAGCUAAGUAUGACUCAGCCAAAUUUUCAACAGUGGACAAUGCUCCCACUGUAAUGGUUCUUGUACCAGAUUGACCUAACCCCAAAAAUAACUUAGAUUCAUAUGCACAUUCACUUGAAACCAGAUGUUUACUUACACUGAAUAAAAAGACACAUCCAC